AUGAGCGCCGCAAAGCAAAAGGCCCAAGCCGUCAUCGCGGACAACGCUGUCGUUGUCUUCUCCAAAUCCUACUGCCCGUACUGCCGUGCCACCAAGUCCCUCCUGACGGAGCAAGGGGCCGAUUUUUUCACGAUGGAAUUGGAUCAAGUUGACGACGGCGCAGCGAUCCAAGCUGCUCUUGAGGAACUUACCUCGCAACGCACGGUUCCGAACGUGUUCAUCGACCACAAGCAUAUCGGUGGGAACUCGGAUCUGCAGGCUCGCAAGGGUGAGCUGCCAGGAUUGCUCAAGGCGGCUGGUGCGCUGAAGGCGUGA